AUGGCAGAGGCGGAGUGCAGGUUCGAGGGCAGGCACCUGCUUCAAAUUGCACCGAUGAUGGAGGUUACCUACCGGGACUUCCGCUACUUCAUGCGCCUUUUAUCCCGAAGGGCCCAACUCUGGACUGAGAUGGUGGUGGAUGAUACCAUUCUGCACAACACGGAGCCGGAGAAAUGCGAUCGCUUCUUGAGAUAUCACGAGGCUGAGCAUCCCAUCGUCUGCCAGCUAGGAGGCAGCGAUCCAAGAAAACUUACUCAAGCAGCAGAAAUCGUGCAGAGGUAUGGCUACGAUGAGGUCAACCUCAACUGUGGGUGCCCUUCCAGCCGUGUAGCUGGCAAAGGCGAGUUCGGCUGCUCCUUGAUGAAGAAGAAGGACUUAGUACGGGAUGCCAUCCAUGCGAUGAGUCGAGCAGUGCAGAUUCCGGUGACAGUGAAGUGCCGUUUGGGGGCUGAUGAGUUCGACUCACCCGACUUCACGCGCGACUUCGUGAGAACUGUUGCUCAGGGAGGGUGCAAGCACUUCAUCAUCCAUGCCCGCAAGGCCUGGCUGACUGGAUUGUCGCCUGCCCAGAACCGAACCGUUCCACCGCUGCACUAUCCACGGAUCCUGGAUCUUUGCCAUCAGUUUCCAGAUCUGAAGUUCAGCAUCAACGGCGGGAUCACAGAUGUCGGCAUGGCUAGGGCCUUGCUUGGCUUCCCGCAUCGGCGCCUGGACGGCGAGACCGAAGAUCUCUAUUCCUCCGCUUGGGGGUGGCCCGGCUCGGACGUCUUUUGCGGAUCCACGGAGCCAUGCCCUGCUGUGCCCCCGAACUUCGAGGGUGUGAUGAUCGGCCGUGGGGCCAUGAACUCUCCCUGCAUGCUUUGGGAUGUGGACCACAGUCUCUAUGGAGAAGAGAAGCGGAAGCCAAUGACGCGUCGUGAGCUGCUGGAGGGAUACAAGACGUAUUUGGAGGACGCACACACGGAUGGCACGUCCGUGGGUUCGAUCCACCUCGCUUUGAAGCCGACUCUGGGCAUCCUCACCGGGAUCCGAGGAAACAAGGCCUACCGGGCCACCGCGGACAAAACCAUGCGACGCAAGGAUGUGGCUGAGAUGGGUCCGGCCUAUGUUCUGGAGGCGGCCAUGAAGGCAGUGGACGAAGCAAAUCCAGGAGUACUAGAUGAAGCUUUGCCCGCCACGGUGGCCUUCAAGCAGCAGCCUCCUGCAGAAGCAGGGACGCCACGUGGGCAGAAGCGAAAACCGGCAGAGGUUGCGACAAGCGAGGUCCAGGCCGUGCCUGAAAGCGGAUCCUGCGCCGGGCCGAUGGAAGCUGAACAGAUGGCUAGCCCAGCGCUCCUUGCAGCUUGA